CAGCCUUUCGUCUGCCUUCCUUUUAACUAUCUAAAUUGUUUCUCAUUCUAACUAGAGAAUAAAAAAUUGGGAGCAUUUUUACUCUUAUGAAAAAUCUCCUAGCAGCCGAGGAAUAGAAAAAAUGCCUCAAGUAUAUGCCAUGAAUGGAGGAAAUGGACCUCAAAGCUAUAACCAAAACUCAUCCUUUCAGAGAGGAGCAGUAGAGGUUGCAAAAGAACUUAUCAAUGAAGAGAUUGACAAAGAACUUGAUGUCAAGCAUCUUUCUUCAACCUCUGUGCAUCCAUUUCGCAUAGCAGAUUUUGGCUGCUCUACAGGACCAAAUACAUUUGUGGCCAUGAAAGUCAUAAGAGAAGCCCUGGAGGAAAAACUCAGAAAAGAGGGACUAGCAUCUGAAGUCCCUGAGUUUCAAGUCUUUUUUAAUGACCAUAUAUCUAAUGAUUUCAACACACUUUUUGCUUCACUUCCACAAGAGAGACACUACCUUGCAGCUGGAGUGCCUGGUGAUUUUCACAAGGUUUUGCUCCCAAAGGCAUCCCUUCAUUCUGCUCACUCAUCUUGAGCGCUUCACUGGCUUUCAGAUGUGCCAAAAGAGGUCACAGACAACAAGUCCCCUGCAUGGAACAAAGGAAAGAUUCACUACGGAGGGGCCAAAAAGGAAGUUCUUGAGGUUUAUGCAUCUCAAUUUGCCAAGGACUUGGAGUCAUUUCUGAAUGCAAGGGCACACGAGCUCGUCGAUGGAGGGCUGAUGGCCCUUGUUAUUCCUGCUGUCCUUGAUGCCAUCCGUGAAUCUCAGACAACUAUCGUCACAGAGAAAGAAUUAGAAGUUCUAGGAUAUUGCCUCAUGGACUUGGCUAAAAAGGUUAGAUCUCAUUAGUUUCAGAUCUUCUUCAACUAAGAACUCUAUGCGAAUACAUCUCAAUGCAGGGAUGCAACAUAGAAUUUUGAUUUUCUUUGUCACUUGAAUAAUAUUAAAUUUGAAUUAUGAUCUAAUAUAUCCUAGAUAGUUUUAGAUAGUUAAAUUAUUCA